AUGCCAUCUAUUUUGUUCAAUAUUGUUUCAUCAACAUCAAAACUUAAUCUAUUUCAAUAUAUUAUUUUAUUAGGUUGUGUUAUUUAUAUUAUUGAUUAUAUAUCUUACAGGAACACACGCGUUCAAUGGUAUAAAGAUCAAUUUGUAAAGCUUACUUUAAACGCAACAGCUAUGCCAAUGUCAUAUCAUCGUUUAUUAAUCCAUGAAGAGGGUAAAGAUAUAAGAUCCCUAUAUUAUCGUGAUGUAACAACGUAUCGAAAUUCAUCAUAUCCAUUUAUUAGUGGUGAUACAUUUCGUGCAUUAUCUGAUCAUGUAUAUGAUGAGUUAAGAAGAGAUAAAUUAGACAGAGUUAGUUAUGGUGAUAUUGUUUUUCUGAAAGGUGAUAUGCUUCAUAAAUUUUUUUCUGGACCAUAUUUAUUAAUAAACAAUUCAUUUGUUCUUAUCUCACAUAAUAGUGAUCGUUCAGCACCAGACAUGUUUAAAGGUAUAUUAAACGAUGAUAGAGUUAUAGCUUGGUAUGCAUCCAAUCCUGAUUUAAAAAAUCAUAAGAAAUUAUUUCCUAUUCCAAUUGGACUUGCGAAUACACAAUGGAGAUCAGGAAAUUUUACUGCAAUAAUGCAUGCAUUUAAAAAUUAUCGAAAACCUUGGUCGAAGCGAUCAAUUUUAUUGUAUGUUAAUUUUUCUGCUGAUACAAAUCGAAAUCAACGUAUGGCAGCUCUUUUACAAGCAAAAACUUUUAAAAAUGUUACAAUUAUUGAAACAUUCAUUUCAUUUGAUGCUUAUUUACAACAACUUGGUGAUGCGAAAUUUGUUUUAUCACCACCUGGUAAUGGACUCGAUACUCAUCGAACAUGGGAAGCAUUGCUAAUGGGUGCUUCACCAGUAACUAUUACGAGUGAACUCGAUUCUUUAUUUAAUAAAACAACGGCAAUUAUUCUUCCAGAAUGGAAAAAUCUAACAGAAAAGUUUUUAUUAUCACGUAAUUUAGCAUCUUAUGAUAACUUAAUGCCGACGGUUUUAUACGCUCGAUAUUGGCGAGAAAAAUUACGAAAAUAUCGUUCUCAAUGA